AUGGUGCAUGAGCAGAGCAGCGGCGGCCACCACCAUCAGCAGUUGCCAGGGGCGGCACCCCCGCGCGACCAGCAGGUGCGGCGCCCCCUGGCGGCACCCGACGGCGCCCCCUCGCGGGCCCCCGGGCGGCCCCCCCUCGGCGACGUGCGACGUGCCCCCCACGGCGGACGCGCGGAGCCCAGGCGCGGGCCCCCGAGGCGCGCCGCCCCGCCCGACGCUGGACGCACGGCGCCCACGGCCACGCAGGCCCCCGCGCAGCCCCCCACGCACGGGCCUCUGCAGCUGCAGGCGGAGCGGGCGGCGAGUCGAAUCCGGAGGGGAGGGGCGGGACGGGGGCCUGGGGUGGAUGCGGAGUAA